GGUGCUUUUCCCCCUCCUUAAAGAGCUGUCGCUUACUACCUUAAAACACCACCUUUUUUAAAACCUUCUAAGUGCCAUAAAAACACACACACAAUCACACUCUCCUUCCCUUAUCAAAUUAAUCAUUGAAUCCCCUCCAGAGACAACCAUAAUUGCAACUCAUUAAAGCCCCACCUUACCUAUCUGAUCAUUAUCAUUCAUCAUCGUCCGAGAAAAUUAUAGCCACAACACCUUUAUCAUAUUCAUGGCUAUUGACACAUCGUUGCCUUUUCCCUAUCAGUUCCUCCAUGACGAGCGGGGCGAACAAAUUCUCCCACCAAUACCAUCAAAUGACUCCAAUCACACCAACUGCAAAAACAACAACAUACACGGACAUGAUUUAAAGCCACAGGAGCUGCUCAUUCCCCGUGAAUUUCGAUCACUCUCUCAAGACAAUCUUGUCUCAGACAUGCCUCACUUCAUGCUUCAAGACAACACCAAAUUCGAUUCCUUAAGCAUAGGUUCCGAUCCUCUGGAAUCGCUAUGGGACUCAGUUAGUUAUCCCCAGUCAACGCCCUCGUCAACUUUGAGCUCAAUUCAGGGGAGUUCUGAAGGUUCUUCUCAGGAACCAUCGCCUAACAGCUAUGACUUUUGUUGGGACAACACCUACGAUGUGGUGGAGAUGUUAGAGAAGAUGAAGCUUGACGAAAGGGACAGUUCCAAAUACCAUCAUGGUUAUGGGAAUCACAGGUUCGAGACCUCAAACGUUGGAGUCUGCUCUCUCCUUCAAGAACAAAUUCAAGCAAUUCAAUUGUCUCGGCUAAGACAAGAGCAGAUUCUGUCUCGGAAGCAGAAACUAACCAAAUACAGAGGAAAAAAUCAUGGGCAGAUAUCACAGCAAUUUCAAAAGAAAGGUAAAGGUGUUGAUGAUGGUUGUGAUAACGAAUGUAGGACUCGUCCACCGUGGCACAAUCGUUGGCACCAGCAAGCUGAAUCAAAAGGCACGUCUUGUGGGACUGGCGUUUUCUUGCCACGUGGCAGAACAAGUGCACCGUUGGAGUCACGUGAGAGACCAGGUAAAGGUUGUUCCACAGUUCUUAUACCUGCUAGAGUAGUACAGGCUUUGCAACUCCACUUUGAGCAAAUGGCUGCCACGACUGGGCCCAAACCUGGUGGCUUCCCUCCCCUACAUGAUGUUUUGGUGAGUAACAGGGAUGGCAUGUAUUCACUACAAAAGCGCCAAUCACGGGACAAACCAGCACAUAUCCAGAAUGAGAUGAUUCUGCCUCAAGAAUGGACCUAUUGAAAUAGCUCUGCAAAUUAAACCUUAGAGGGACGUGCAUUUGCAGCUGCCUCUCCUUUUAGUUUUAACACAUUCAUGAUAUAAGCUUUGUUGGCAUUUCUGCCACAGUAGGAGAAAGAAAGAAAGAAAGAUUGAAGAGGAAUAAAGAAAAACGAACUCCCAGUUCAUACUUCAGACUCGAUCAAUAUAUGGGGAAUUCUUUUACGUAGAUUGAAUGUCGAGUCAAUAGUGAUAUUAUGGAUUACAAAUAUAGUCUUGUUUUGUGCUUUGCUUCUCCUUUUUCUGGUAAUAAGUCUAAUAGUCUAUAUACAUACAUAUAUAUAUAGAAAAAACAAUAAAUUAAAUCUUAUAUAGAAGGGGACCAAUUAAUUAAUAUUUUCAAUAAUGUGGGCUUAAUCUCUUGAUAUAGCUUGAAAAAUUCAACUCUUUUAGUUUAGUGAAGAGUAAUUGAGUAGUAUUGACCGUCUUGUCCAAGGAAGUCUUUUAAAAUCCUUUGUAACAGUUCAGCUCAAAUUAUGGCA